AUGCUGGAGCGUGUUCUAGCGGCUCGCCUCCGAGAGCACCUGUCCCAUGAGGGCCCCGAUCUGGUCGACUGCCAGUUCGGAUUCCGGGAGGGCCGAUCUACCGUCAACGCGAUCCGGCGGGUCCGUGCCCUCUCGUAUGAGGCUGUCUCCCGCGGAAGGGUGGUGCUGGCUGUGUCAUUGGACAUAGCCAACGCCUUCAACACCUUUCCGUGGAAGUGUAUACGUCAGGCAUUCCGAUUUCACCGGGUGCCGACGUAUAUGCAGGAGGUGAUCGGGGAUUACCUCUGGGACAGGGGCAUAUGUUACUUGGGGCGGUAUGGAGUGGCCCAUAACGUGGAAUCCAGCGAGGUGUCCCGCAGGGAUCGGUCCUUGGACCGCUUCUGUGGGACUUCGGCUAUAACUGGGUUCUCCGGGGCGCCCUCCUUCGAAGGCUGGGUUUAG